AUGACCAAUGAUCCAUCCUGGACUACCAGCCCAGUCCGGGUACUGGAAGACACUGGCUUUCUUUACCAGGAUCACCAAUUGUUUGCUGGCAGGCAUGAAUUUUCUCCACUAACAGCUGAAGCGAUCAGUUUCAAAGAAAAAGCUGCCAAGGAGGCCCUCUGCACCCUGAGCCCGCCCAGCUUCCGCCGGGUCCCAGAGGUGGAGAUGCGAGGGGCGGACAAGGUGGCAGCCGGCACCGUCCUGCAGUGCCUGAUCCAGGAGUGGCUGAGGUAUGGCAACCCCAGCGAGAACAUGAACCUGCUGGUCAUACAGCACCAGGCGACGGGCAGCGCUGGCCCUUCCAACGGCACUGCCAGCACUCUCCCUUCCACAGAAAACCUCGCUCCCAAAGAGCUGCCAAUGGUCCAGCCAUUGGGGUGGCAGGAACCACAGGGGCAGGAGCACCAGGGGGACAGUGCUGUGAUGGAGAAGCAGCCCUGGGCCCCGCAGCCCCCGCACGGCACUGAGGAGCUCCCCACCUACAAGGAAGCCAAGGCUCAGUCUCAGUUCUUCCAAGGACAGGCGCCGAUGGCCACUGCCACAGCGCAGGGGUUUUAUGGCACAUCCAGCCAGAAGUCCAGGACGAAGGGGAGGCCGAAGGUGAACUGAGCCAACAGCGGGCAGGCGCAUAAGGAUGAGGCGCUGAAGGAGCUGAAGCAGGGCCACAUCCGCUCACUGAGCGAGAGGAUCAUGCAGCUCUCGCUGGAGAGAAACGGCACCAAGCAGCACCCCCUGGCCCCGGGUGGCACAAAGGGCUUCAAGGCAGCCCCACCACCUGGCAAGGCCAUGGACCCGCGGGGCCCACCGCCCGAGUACCCCUACAAAGGCAAGGUGGCCACCCCUGGCAGCAAGGCACAGGAGCAUGGGAUGUUCUAUGGCAAGCAGCCAGCGCAGGAUGUCCUCGAGGCUUCCUUUGCCACCCAGCAGCCCUCUGCCCGGGCAGAGGUGGCCCUGGUCCAGUACCAGCCACCCCCGGAGUAUGGAAUCAGCAGCCGAAAAUGCCAGCCACCCUUCCUGCUGCCACCGGUCCAGCAGCACAGCCCCAUGUCCUCGCAGGCCACCGCUGCCACCGGUCCCCUGCUCCCGGUCACCUUGCCCCUCUCGGCUUCUGCCCAGGCACCAACACCGCCGAGCCAGCAGCUAACACCCGAUGCCUUCACCAUCGUGGAGUGGGCGCAGCAGAUGGUAGAGAUGCUGUCCGAGGAGAACCACGUGCAGUGGCAGGAGCUGGAGGGCUACGAUGAGAAGGCAGACAAGCUGCAGAAGUUUGAAAUAGAGAUUCAGAGGAUUUCAGAAGCUUAUGAGGGCUUGGUCAAGACCACCACUAAGAGGGAGUCUCUGGACAAAGUGAUGAGAAACAAGCUCGAAGGAGAAAUUAGGAGACUUCAUGACUUCAACAGGGAUCUUCGUGAACGACUGGAGACAGCCAAUAGGCAGCUGGCCAGCAGAGACUUCGAUGGGCAUGAGGAUAAGUCAACAGAGGGCCUUUACGUCACUCAGAACAAAGAGUUCAUACCAAACCAGAAGAACACCUUACUGAACUUCACAACCAGUACUGGUGAAGAUGCCCCAGAUUGGAACAGUACCAAUGGAACCCUAGAUGAACUGCACGUGGACAGACGGAUUGGCCUACGCUAA